AUGAAAUACGCGCCCACGCUCAAACUGAUCAAGCAAUUACUGAUAGACUUCUUGGUGGCCAAUGUCGAGGGAAGCUUGGGAACCGCAAUUUUCCUAAAACUCAUGCAACUUAUGCACCGUUCCUUCAUUGAGGAGAACAUCGAACCACUUCAAAGAAUUUAUUACAUUUGGACUGUUAACUUCUUCGUCAGAGCAUGGAGAAACUGGAUUGGACUAAAUCGCAAGCGUGGCUUAACUUACGAUCAAUACGUGACCACUAACGCAUACAAUUGCGUGGAGUUGAAUGCGCAUGCGCUAAUUGCUUUUAUCAGGGACUGCCGAGACCGAAAUGUUCCUGAACAAUGUUUGGUUACUUUUCUGUCGAGUCAACCUUGUGAAAAGUUGUUUGGCCAAUUAAGGACAAUGGCAUCUACAAACCAAACCGUCGUAAAUUUCACCAUCAAGGAGCUUCGAGCAAAACUGAAGAGACUCCAAAUGAAGACUUGCAUUAUGCAUAAAUAUAACGGUGAAAUUAACUUUCCAUCGCUCGACAAGUUCAACAACGCUCACCCUACACAAGUUCUGCCAAAUGAUAUCGAGAUCACAAAUGAAGUUUCGAAGGCUGAGCUCACCGCGCGACAGAUGCUGCAGAGUCUUGGUUUGAGUGACGGAGAAAUUGAUUUCACAGACUCACUUAACUUGAGAUCAAAAAAUCGACCAAACCAACCAACCGAGUUUGAAUUCGUGAACGCCGACUCUCAUAACGACGAAUUUAGUGAUUUGGAAGAAGAAGAACACGAUGAUGAUGAUCCAGAAAUUGUCGGAAAGUCAACCCAAACUCAAUCGUCGGAAAGUGCAGAUGAUGAAUUUGAUUUUUCUGACACACUGGAGUUUGUGCAGGUGCAACAGGAGUUUGAUGAGAGAUUGGAAGAGCCUAUCUACGCCAUCGAGGACCUAUUUGACACAAGCGAAGAAUUAACCUUGAAAAGUACCAGCGCUGGUGACAAGCAUGUAUUUAAAAUAAGGGAUUCGACGGGACAUGUAAAACAUAUUAAAAAUCUACAUUUUUGUGGAUGGUAG